AUGUCCAAGGACAGUGCAGGGCUCAGUGAGUUGGGGAAGCUGAAAGAUUUAAGAGGAAAGUUGGAGAUCAGAAAUUUGGGGUACAAGAAAGAUAUGGUGUCAGAAUUGAAUUAUGAUGGUGCAGUUUUGAAGGAGAAACGACAUCUCUAUUCGUUGACUUUACAUUGGAUGGGCAUCGAAAGAGAAAAUAGUGAUGCGGUUGAGGAGGAGAGUGAUGUAAUUAUUAAGUCAAUGGAAGCGCUGCAGCCCCAUCCAAGUCUAAAACAGUUAACCUUGGUGAACUAUAUGGGUGCGAGGCACAUAUCAGCAGAAGACAAGGUUAAGGACUUUGCCGGUGAUGAGAUGAUGAUGAUGUCAGCUGCUUCUCCAUCGACGACCUUCUUUCCCUCCUUAGAGAGUCUUUAUCUACAUGAUUGCCCUAAUCUCAAGGGAUGGUGGAGGAAUGAAACAGCUUCAGCUUCUUCAUUUCGUUGUCUUUCUACUUUAUCCAUACAGAGUUGUCCUAACCUAACUUCCAUGCCGCUGUACCCAAAUCUUGAUAGCCUGGGGUUCAAGAGCAGCAGCUGGAAGGUCCUUCCCUCCUCCUUUGUUCCCUCCUCCAAAUUAAAGUUUCUGUACAUUACAGCCGUUGAGGAUAUAGAAUAUGUGCCAGAAGAAGGGAUUGGAAACCUCACAUUACUCCAAGAGCUCUCAAUUAAAAAUUUCCCUAAUUUGGUAUCACUACCAGAUCAAGGGAUGGGUCGCCUCAUCUCUUUACAGAGACUGCAUAUUUCAGAUUGUCCUAAAUUGACAUCACUACCAGAAGGGAUCGGCAACCUCACAGUACUCCAGAAGCUCUCAAUUAUAGAUUGCCCUAAUUUGGUAUCACUACCAGAUCAAGGAUGGGUCGCCUCAUCUCUUUACAGAGACUCCUUUUUUCACGUUGUCCUAAUUUGA